AUGGCUUACAGAAAUUCCUGGAAUUCUGCCCCAGGCGCAAGUGUCCACCUACCCAACGGCCAGAAUCUUAGCAUAACGCCUGUAUUCGGUGGAUUGUUCUUCAAGAGCAACGAUCUAACAAACCACCAUUCACCGUUUCCACCUGGCUGGACAGUCGUCUUGAACACCGAGGACGAAGACCCUGGCGAGGACGAGCAGAACGAUGACAGCCCUGACGACGACACGCGCGCAAUCCCAAGACGGGUACACCGAUACAAGAAGCCUACGUUGCACAAGGACCAUCUUUACAUCUCGUCGAUAUCAAAUCCCUCGAGUAGCGAAUUCAAACCCCCUACGUCCCCGACGCGCCAAAUGGCAAUGAUGCUGUGGGCAACCUUGUACUGGUACUUCCAUCAGCCAGAACCGAGCCUACAUGUUACGACGAAGGAAUCAAUAAAUACACCUGAACCAGGAAGGCCAGAGGGCGAAUGGCGCAUCAACAUUAAUAGAGAGGGCAUCUUCAAGGGUAAAGUCGUGCUCCCCAAGCUCGAGCGUAUGGGCCUCAUAGCAAGCGAAGAUAGCAGUGUAGGCCUCCCGCAAGAGGAGGGUAGCCCCGAGGGAUGGACACGCAUGUUCGUCAGCCGCCGGUCGUUCUGGCAGCUAGAUCCCCGCAUCUACCUCUUCACGCUCUCGCCUAUGGCACAAUCGCCCUUCCCAACUGGCUCGCCCUAUCCAUCACGGCCCGGGAGUCCCGUCCUCGGCGCAGACGGCGAAAGAAAAGAAGUCCAGCUCGAGGCCGUCUCUCAAGGCCUUUGGUCACCCUCAGGCGCAGGCUCAGGCCCUUUCCAUUCGACGUCCCAUCUACCAACGUACUACCCGCCACCACCACCACAAUACGUCUUCACAGACAACGUACGUCAUCCGAUAAGGCCGAAACCCCCUAGGCAGGGUGAGAUUUUCUACACUCGAUACAUACCCAGCGUAGCGCAGUACCUCUCCUUCCGUGUCGCCUCGGUAUCCAACAAAGCACUGAGACAUCGCGGACCAGUUGCGAGUCACACACCGACACCGCAUCGUAGCACUCCCCUCCCUGUAUCCGACUCCCACCUCCCCACGGUUUCCUCCCUGAACCUCAACCUCUCCGACCCAGAGUACCUCCACAAGUGGAUGAACGACCCACGCGUAUCCUACUUCUGGGGUGAAUCGGGACGAGAAGAGCACCAACUAAAGUUCCUCCAAGCCGGUCUCAAUUCGAAACAUUCCUUCCCUGUAAUCGGAUGCUGGGACGGCCGGCCGUUUGGCUACUUCGAGAUAUACUGGGUCAAAGAGGACAGGCUGGGGCGCUACCUGGAGAACGUGGGAAAUUACGACCGGGGGAUUCAUUGCCUCGUUGGGGAGCAGGAGUUCCGGGGGCCGCAGCGGGUGAGGGUGUGGUUGAGUGCAUUGGUGCAUUUUUGCUUUUUGGCGGAUUUGCGGACCGAGAGUGUGGUGUUGGAGCCAAGGGUUGAUAAUGAGAAGCUUGCACAAUAUCUGAUGGAUGUGGGCUUCUAUAAGGAAAGAGAGAUUAGCUUCCCGCAUAAGCAGAGCAAUCUGAUGAAGAUCAAGAGGGACGCUUGGGAGGGGCCGUACCUCUAG